AUGUCAGAUCUCACAAUCGAGCUUACCGCGCCCAACGGCAAGAAGUACACCCAGCCAACGGGGCUAUUUAUCAACAACGAAUGGGUACCAUCCAGCAAGGGCGACAAGAUUACGAGUAUCAAUCCUACCGAUGAGUCCGAAAUCGCGUCAGUCCACGCAGCAGAACCGGAAGAUGUCGAUAAAGCUGUAGCAGCGGCCCGUGCAGCUUUCAAUGGCCCAUGGAGAGACAUCUCACCUACAGAAAGAGGAGAUUUGGUUCACAAGCUCAGCCAAUUGGUGGAGCAGAACGCAGAGCUUUUGGCAACGAUUGAGACUUGGGACAAUGGCAAGCCAUACUCUGUAGCUCUGAAUGAGGAUCUCGCAGAGGUGGCAGGAUGCCUGAAGUAUUACAGUGGUUGGGCAGACAAGAUCCAUGGUCAAGUCAUCGACACUUCCCCUGCGAAGCUCGCGUAUACGAUUCGAGAACCCAUUGGCGUUUGCGGACAAAUCAUCCCGUGGAACUAUCCUUUAGCGAUGGCCGCGUGGAAGCUCGGUCCUGCUCUUGCUUGUGGAAACACUGUUGUCAUGAAGUCGGCAGAGCAGACACCACUUUCCAUUUUGGUCUUCGCGAAUCUGAUCAAGGAGGCUGGUUUCCCUCCUGGUGUUGUCAAUAUUCUUAAUGGACAUGGUCGCGUGGCUGGUGCUGCCAUUGCUCAGCAUCCAGGCAUUGACAAGAUUGCCUUCACCGGGUCGACGGCAACAGGACGAGAGAUUAUGAAGAUGGCAGCUGUCAAUAUGAAGAACAUCACCCUCGAAACAGGCGGCAAAUCGCCCUUGCUGAUCUUCGACGACGCAGACCUCGACCAAGCAAUCAAGUGGUCGCACAUCGGUAUAAUGUCCAACAUGGGCCAGAUCUGCACAGCGACGAGUCGUAUCUUAGUGCAAGAAGGCAUUCACGACAAGUUCGUGGAAGCGUUCAAGAAGCAGGUCACCGAAACCAGCAAAAUAGGCGACCCAUUCGCAGACGAAACUUUCCAAGGCCCUCAAGUCACCAAGGCCCAAUACGAGCGCGUGCUCAGCUACAUCGAGGCAGGAAAGACGGAUGGCGCGAAGCUCGCAUUGGGGGGCGAGGCAUACAAGAACGUCGGCGAUGGCAAAGGCUUCUUCGUGUCUCCAACUGUCUUCACAGAUGUGAAGCCCAACCACCGCAUCUUCAGGGAGGAAGUCUUCGGACCAUUCGUGGCCAUCGUGCCGUUCAAAGAUGAAGCUGAGGCGCUUGCGUUGGCAAAUGACACGACAUAUGGUUUAGGCUCUGCAGUUUUCACCAAAGAUAUCGUCAAAGCUCAUCGAAUCGCGAGAAAGAUUGAGGCCGGUAUGGUUUGGAUCAAUUCCAGCCAGGACAGUGAUUUCAGAAUACCGUUUGGCGGUGUGAAGCAGUCUGGGAUUGGGAGGGAGCUUGGAGAAGCUGGAUUGGAGGCUUAUACCAAUAAGAAGGCUGUACAUGUGAAUCUCGGGACUUGGCUGUAG